UAACAACUGUCCUAUAGUAACAUUGCUCGAUCAAUCCUAUGCCAUUAGAAAAUCUAUGCUAACUCUUGGUAGCUUUGAAAAUCGGUUGAAAUUCCUCCCUUACGCCAAAUUCUCUCCUUCCUUAUGCCUCCUACUACUCUUGGGUUUUUCCAGAGUGCUCUGGCCAUUCUCUAUUAGUUCUCUUAAGACUCUCAGCAGGCAUUGUCCUCCACAGCUCCAGGUUCAACCUUGUCAAUUCGACCAACUUUCCCUCGCAUACAAGGCCAACAUGGCUGCCGAGCAGGCCACUCAGUUCCCCUCGCCUCUGCAGUCGAUGGAUAUCGUUGACCUUCAGCGUUAUGCCGCAACUGCGCUCCGAGAAAUGACUGGCCAGGAGACUGGCAAUCCCUUCCUCUCCCCAACUAGCAUGGCUGUCGGUACUGCUUUCCUCAACGGCCUGAACUCCAAUGAAGCCUUCUGGGUCGUUGCUCGAAACCUUGGUUUUGCUGCUGGAAGAGGCGCUAGAGACAUCCAUACCUUCGUUUGCCUGGCAUCUGGCUUGGUCGAGAACCUGGAUCCCUACGGCUGGAACCUUGAACGCAACCCUAUCCCCUCGACUGCAACUCGCGUUAUCAUCAUUGCUGCGGUUCCCAUGAACCACGAUGAGGCUACGCAGUAUGACGGAGAAACCGCUGUUCAGAACAUCUCAUGGGGUGCACUGGAGAUCGACAUGGUCAAUCGGCGGUUCCUGGUUGUGGACCCAUGCAUGGGGCCGUCUCCUGGCCGUAUCGACAGCCGGCUGUGGGGUUCUUUUCAGACUCUUCCCGACGGCAGUGUGGUGAAUGGCUUAUACGGAUUCACCCUCCUUGGGGCUGUGGCUCAGAUCGUGCUUGGCGAUCCGUGGUUCCGGCAAGCUGACCUUUCACUUUGCCAUGUCUGGACCAACAUUGCCAUCGAGCGGACAGCUUAUGCAGGGGUUUCUGGCAUAUUUGUUCUGGAGUGGGCACUGCAGCGUUUCCUUAGCUUUGGCGUUGCUGGUUCGGAGAGAAUUGUCCCGGCUGCUGAUGGUUUGCAGACCGUGCGACUUAUCUUUAGUGUGCUUUCUCGGCAUGGUCGUUUCUUCCCAGCUGACUCGGGUCUGGAGGAUCUUCUAGGCGACUCUGUGUAGUGGAGGGUAGGGGUACGUUGGAGGUGGUAGACGGCAGAGGUCUUGCGAUUUUCAUCUUCUUUCUGUUUGCUACUCAAAUAUGAUGGGUUUCUGGGUGGUUUAGGGGUGGUGGGGUAGCGGAGGGCAGAGACGUCUUGCGAAUCUCGUUUUCGUUGCAUUUGACGCCGAACCACACCGAAUUUCUGCUACUCAGUUUAGCAAAUUCCAUAGUAGUAAUGCCUAUAUACUUGUUAGAAGGUG